ACAGUUCUAAUGAAACUAACAAAAAAGUAAUUUGCUGAAAAAUUCGCCCUCAACAACCGAAAGAAGCCUCCACCAUUCAAAUACCAUCUAUCCCAACUCUACAAAACAUAGCACGAUCUUAUCAUCACAUCCUCCAAAUACAAGUUUACAUUGCAAAUAAAUCAACACCAAACUCGCCCACAAUACACACAUUUUAUUUCUCAGAAGCGUCCACCACACCGAACCUCCCAAUUCCUUCACACCCACCAUAAUAAUAUCUUUAUUGUUCUUUUCUUCUUUGGUACCAUAAAAAAAACACACACACACAACAACAACAACAAAAGACCAUGUCGGAGUGCGAGCACCACAAGGGGAAGAAGAGGAAGAUCUUCCGGCAAGUGUUCUGGUGCAUAGUGGUGUUCCUCUUCCUCGUGCUGCUCACAAUUCUUUUGAUAUGGGCAAUCCUUAGACCCACCAAACCCACCUUCACCCUCCAAGACGUCACGGUCUACGCCUUCAACGCCACCAUACCGAACUUCCUCACUUCGAAUUUUCAGGUCACGCUCAUCUCGCGCAACCCGAACGACAACAUCGGUGUUUACUACGACCGCCUCGAAAUCUACGUGAUCUACCGGAGCCAGCAGAUCACGUACCGAACCGCCAUCCCUCCGACCUACCAGGGCCACAAUGAGAUCAAUGUUUGGUCUCCGUUUGUUUAUGGUACCAACAUCCCCGUCGCGCCGUUCAAUUUCCUCCGCCUCAGCCAGGACCAGAGUGACGGUAAUGUCCUCGUCACCAUCCGAGCCGACGGAAGGGUUCGUUGGAAGGUCGGCGCCUUCAUCUCCGGUCGCUACCACUUCUACGUCCGCUGCCCUGCCUUCAUCUCCUUUGGCCCCCGCAGCAAUGGAAUCGUCGUCGGAGAAAACGCCAUCAAGUUCCAGAUAAUCCAGCGGUGCUCCGUUAGUGUCUAAACUUAAUCUCCACAAGAGGAAUGUCAGUAAUACAUCUUCUAAUACACUCUUAGUGACGGAAUUUAGGGAUGUACAUUAUUUUUUCGUCACUAAUCCUACUUCACAAGAUUAGUAACGAAUUUUCAAAAGUUAUAUAUAAAAUAUUUCGUCACUAAAAUUUGUUGAAAAUUUUAAAAAAUUAUGAUUGUUUCAUAUAUGAUUUUAUAAUUUUCAAUAAAUUUAAACUAAUGAUUAAAAUGUGUUAAAAGGAGUGUAUUGUAGAGUGUCUUGUUGAAACUUCUUGCAUGUUUGUAUAUUUCUUCUUCUUCUUCCACUGUUGUUAUUGUACGUGUAACUUGUGUACGAAUUGGUCACUAGAUGUUUGUAUUUUACGUUUUGCUGUAGAAAUGUGAAACAGACGAAAGAGUCUGAGAUAUAGCAAAACUACAAGAUGCAACAUGUAGAUUAAAUGUAAUUGAGCUACGAUGGCAAUAAAAUUUCUUGUUUCAAUUUGGAUAACAAAUGAGUUGAGAGUGUGAUGAAGCGUCCACACGGUGUCA